AUGGUAGUUCGUAAGAAGUGUAAUAAAAAAAAAAAAAAAAAAAAUUUAUAUGAAUUAUACUUAAAUAUGUGUGAAGAGAAAAAUAAAAAAUUGGAGGGGAAAAAUGCAGAUUAUACUAUUGAUUUGGAAAAGGAAGUGAAAAUUAGAUUAGAAGAGCAAACCAGCUUAUUAUCAAUAAAAGGAAUCGAUAGAGUUGAUAUAAAACAAAAAAAAGGGAAACAUUCCAUUAUAUGCAUUCAUUACAUUAAAAAUAUGUGUAUGAAAAACUUAUUUUGUAACUAUUUACAUCAAUUGAUAUACUCAAGAAUACCUACAUGUAAAAAUUACUUAAAAUAUAACUACUGUGCUGAUAAAGUAAGAGGAUCAUGUAUGUUUCGUCACACUUUAGAAAAUACCAAUAUAAGUCAUUACAAUGAAAAUAAAGAUGAAUACUUGGAUGAAACUUUAAAAUUUUUACAUGAGAAAAAUAUAUGCGUAAAUUAUUUAUUAGGAUUUUGUGCAUUGGGAUAUAAUUGCAGAAAAAUUCAUAAAAAUAGAAGUAGAAAAUAUAUAAAUAUUAUAAGUAUAUUACCAAAAUUUUACUUAGAUCAUAUUUUAAUUAAUAAACGAUUAUAUACGCAUUUAUAUAAUAAUCAAAAAAAAUUUUUAAAUGAUAUAAAUAAAUUAAAAGAUGCUUUAAUAGUGUUAAGUGGGGAGAAAUAUUAUGAUAAAUCAAAUUCAUCAAAGAAUGAAAAUGAGAAUUCAAUAAAGGAUGUAUUUAAAAGUAGUAAUAAUAACAAUGAUAAUAAUAUUUAUAACAAUAGUAAUAAUAGUGAUAAUAAUAUUUAUAACAGUAGCGGUAUUAUUGAUACAUAUGAUGAUAAUAUUGAUAAUAAAAAUAAUUAUAAUGGCAAAAAUUUAAAUAUUUUUAUGAAAAACAAUAAAAAUAACACAAAUGACAUUAUUAAAAAUAAUCAGAAAAUGGUAGGCUACAAUAAUAAUGUUGAAAUAAUUAGUAAUAAUACCACUGACAAUGUAGAUGAUAAAUAUUUAAAUGAAUAUAAUAUAAAUAAUAAUGAGUAUUCGAAAAAUAUGGGAAAAUAUAAUAACUACAAUAAUCUCGGUAAUGAAAAAACAUAUCAUAAUAGAAUAAAUAAUUGUUACAAUAAUGAAAGUAUCGUAACUAAUGAUAGUAUAAGUAUACCUAACGUAUAUGAUUUAAAUAAUAAUUUAAUACAAAAUGAUAAAAUAAAAGUUUUUAUUAUAAAAUGUAAUCAAAUAUCUCAUCUAUAUUUAUCUAUACUAUAUGGAGUUUGGGCUACGGGGAAAAAUAAUACUAGAAAAUUUGUUAACUUAUUUAAAGAAAAUUAUACUAUUAUUUUUUUGUUUUCAGUAAAUGAAAGUGGAGGUUUUCAAGGAUAUGCAAAAAUGAUAACUUUGCCAAUAAAAAACUUAUUUGAUAAUUUGUGGGGUUCAAUAACUAAGAGAUUAGGAGGAAAUUUUCGUAUUCAAUGGAUAAAAACAGCUAAAAUUGAUUUUGAUGUUUUUAAAAAUAUGGUAAAUUCAUAUAAUGAUAAUUUACCUUUAAAAAAAAGCAGAGAUGGAACUGAGUUACCUUUAAACCUAGCGACUAUUAUUUGUAAUAAAUUGAAUUCUUUGCCUAAUGAAGACUUUUUAGCUGGAACAAUUUAUGAAUAUAAAAGAAGAAUUAAUCACUCUACCUUUUUUACAAAUUUAUAUAAACAAAAUUUAUUAAAUACAACUACUAUGUGGGAUAUGCUCAUUUUUAAUUUAAAUCAAAAAUCAGAUUGCCAACAAAUUACAUAUGUCGAUGGGAUAGAACAAAAUAUUACAUAA